AUGGAAAACGACUUGAAGGAAGAACUGAAUGGAAGAAUGAGAACAGCAUGGGCAGCAUUCGCAGCCGUCAGGGAAGGACCAACUGACGGACCUAGAUAUUCGUACCCAUCUGUUCAACUCGACAGUCCUUCCAGCGCUCUGUUACGCAGCGGAGACAGGAAUGUACCGUCUUCCCAGAAUGGAUCCCAAGGGACGCUAAAAGGGAGACCGCCAACGAGAUGGGGUGACGUAUUCGCUACACGGAUGGACCAGCUGAGAGCUCAGCUGGAUACGGCUCAAGGACCUCGUCAAUGUCACUCACGAAGCUUGAGAACAUCUUGGAUGACAAUGGCUAGGGAAAGAAACGAGUGGAAGAGAUGCUGGGCCAGCACGUCUAAUGAAGACGGGCCAUCUAAGUAUCCAAGUUAA